AUGGCCGGUUCCUGUUGUGGUUCCACCUGCUCUGAGGAGCGCUGCUGCCAGCCCAGCUGCUGCCAGCCUUCUUGUUGCAGGACCACCUGCUGCACUACCAACUGCUGCAGUGUGCCCAGCUGCUGCAGCCCUUGCUGCUGCCGCCCCUCCUGCUGUAGCCCUUGCUGCCGCCCUUCCUGCUGUGGCUCCAGCUGCUGCCGCCCCUCUUGCUGCAUCUCCAGCUGCUGCCGCCCCUGCUGCUCUAGCUCCAGCUGCUGUGGCUCCAGCUGCUGCCGCCCCUCUUGCUGCCGCCCCUGCUGCUGCCUGCGCCCAGUCUGUGGCCAGGUGUCCUGCUGCACCACCUGCUACCGCCCCACCUGUGUCAUCUCCACCUGCCCCCGUCCCAUGUGUUGUGCUAUUCCCUGCUGCAGAUGCUGA